AUGGACUUUAAUUUUGGCCAUAGUGCCCCUUCAGGCUCUGCCUCUGGUUCUUCUUCCAACUGGCUCGGUUAUGGUCAGCGCGUUGCGAUGCCAAAUUCAUCCCCUGGUGCGCCAAAUGCCAUGGCAGACGACGAGGUUUCUUUCGCCGAUUCCUACCGUCCCGAGACUUCUCCUCUAUUCAACCCGCUUUAUGCACCUCGCGACAACGCUGCUGAGACUGCGUCUUCACUUGGGACGAGUCCCGGACCUGCACCUACUUGGCCUUGGCAGCGCGAUGCCUCGACUCUCGAUAACACCUUGAACAGUGAUAAUUUCGGUUCGCCUGAUGUAUCUCCUCUACCAGUAAAGCAAGAACCACAGGAGCAAGCUUCGCCGUCAUCGUCGGAACAGCCAGUCAUAGAGAAGUCUAUCGCUCAGCAGGAUACCACGGAGGAAAUCCUUCGGGUCGAAAGUGAUAUCGACACUCCAGCCGUCGAGGAGUCACGAGUCGAGGUUUUCGAACACACCGAAACCAUUGUUCAAUCAUCAGAGAAACAACCAAGGGAAACACCCUCACAGAACGAGCGUGACAAUGGAGCCACAACAGGCGAAACUGAUCGUGUCGAAGAAACACCCACCGAUGCACACACCGAUCUGCUGAGCGAUGCUGAGAAACUUGUUGAUGGCCAGAAAACUCCCUUGCGAGAGAAGUCGAACUCACCCGAACCCAAUUCAGCGCCAGCGGCAGGACCCGGCAAACUCAGGUCCGCUUUGCUUUCCCUAGGAAGUGGAAUAAUGAAGCGCAUGUCAGCACCACCAUCUGGAGCAGUCGCGACUCCCGAACAAGAUGAUGUCCAGACCGGGCGAGCUAUGUCAUCACAGACUGAGCAGCAGGCUGAGACAGGAGCCUCAACACCAUCCCUUGUCGUUGAACUCAAGAAAAUGUCAGAGACUGAAAAAGCAUCCUUCACCGAAGUAUCCGAUUCCAACGAAGAAGACAUACCUGCCAAGACUGUCCCUGCACCUUCCGCAAAGCGCGGUCGACCCAGAAAACAGAGUCUUGCUGCCAAGUCUUCAGCAUCUGCCACCAAGCCUGCUCGUGGGCGUCGCAGUAUCGCAUCUGCGCCUGCUUCUCCUGCAGUCAAGAAAACCCCUGCUUCGGUCGUCGUACAACGCGCCCGCAAGUCCAUGCCAGCAAGUAUCGCUGUUGACGGAACCCCCAAGAAGCGAGGACGACCGCGAAAGAGUGAUGCUGUAGCUACCCCAGCUCCACCCCCAAGCACUGGAAAGAGAGGAAGGCCAAGAAAAUCUGAGGCUACUCCAAUUGCCGUCCCGAGCACGUCGAAGCCUGUGUCUGCUAAAGGUCGCCGAGUUGCUAGUGCUAGUAAGGCAGCCGUCACGCCUCGAAGGCCUGCCGCCGUUCGUACUCCCAAGACAGCUAUUGGACUGCGGGCAGCCGCAACACCCACGUCAACCCCUAGGCCACGUGGUCGACCACCCAAGAACCCAAAGCCGGUGGAAGAAGCCGAGCCUGAGGUUGAGAUGCCCAAGCACGCUGGUCGUGCAAGCCAAGCUUCAAACGCAACAGAAGAUGCCCCUACCAAGACCACUCGUGCUGUUCCCUCCCCUGCCAAGCGUGGCCGGCCAGCAAAGAAGGCUGCUUCUUCUCCAGCCCCAAAGACUGAAGAUCAAACGGCCACAAAAAGAGGACGCCGUGCUGCCGCUAAGCCCAAGGAAGAAGCUUCUGCUGAAGCACCCAAACGACGCGGCCGUCCUGCUGCCAAGGUCGAGGCACCACCAGUUGAAGAGCCCGCCUCUGAGCCCAAGUCUCGAAAGCGUGGCCGUGCAGCCGCCACAGAAGAUGCUCCUGUCGAGGAGCCAGCCCCUAAGAGACGUGGUCGUGUAGCCAAGUCUGCUCCGGAAGAAGAGCCCGCUCCUGCUCCCAAACGACGUGGUCGCGCUGCUGCCCAAGACACCACUUCCGAACCUGCAGCCCCAAAGAAGCGAGGACGGGCAGCUGCGGCAAAGGCUGUCGAGGAUGUACCAGCAGAGACCACCACCAAGCGUGGUCGUGGGAAGCGAUCUGCGCCAGAACCAGAACCAGAGGCUGAAGCACCUGAAUCUGCGACCAAGAAGCGACGGAAGACAAGCAAAGCCGAGGAGCCUGCUCCUGCCAAGCCAACCAAGGCUGCUUCUGGUAGAAAACCUGGACGACCGGCCAAAGCUGCGAAAGAAGCGAAAGAAGCCUCUGAGGGAGCAGUACCUAAGCGUGGCAAGUCCGCACGUUCUAAGGCUGCCGAGCCCGCUCCCAUCGAAGAAGCGCCUAAGCCUGCCAAGCGAGGUCGAGGUCCUGCAAAGAAAAUAGCAGACCCAGCUGUUGAAGCUGGAGCUGAGCUUGAAAAGCCUAAAGCUCGUGGACGACCGGCGAAGGGAAAGUCUGGAAAGGGCGAGCUUCCAAGCUCCAAGACCGCGGACGCGCCUGCAGCUAAGCGUGGACGAGGAGCUGCGGCGAAGACCACCACCACCAAGGCUAAGACAACGGCUCCUGCUCCUACCAAGGUGACCAAGACAGGCAGGGCUGCACAGACUGGCGUCCGCAGAGGACUACGAUCAAGAGGCUGA